GAGCAGUAAACACAUGGAGUAAACAAGACAAAAAUGGCGUCUACAUCUGCGAGCUCGGUGGCGGGUGAUAACAAGGACGAGACGCAUUCACAAACUGUUUGUAUGUUCAUCAAGAAACCUCGAUUUAGAGGAGGCGCAUCAAGGAAACGAAAGGACAGCGAUGAAGACGGAAGCAGUGAAGACGAAACACGCGUCGUUAAAAAAGGCAGAAAGGUUGGAUCCCUUAACCCCAUGAUACAGGGUACUUCACAGAAGAAAAAGAAAUUGGAAGCAGUGGCCAGCAGUGACAGUGAAGAUGAAUCAUCUAUUGUGGUCUCUUACAAGUCUAAGAGGUCAACCGAGAUGGAAGGCCCCAAAGACAUGGGAGCAACUGCAAUCUUGGAAAUUGACACUGAGAAGGACAAGGACGCCCAAACCAUUUUUGAGCGUGCUCAGCAAGUUAACAAGGAUCUGAAGGGAAAGGCAGAUGAUAAGAUCUACAGAGGAUUGAAUAACUAUACGCAGUAUAUCACGAAAAAGGACACAGCGCAAGGAAAUGCUUCGAGUGGAAUGGUGAGGAAAGGGCCCAUUCGUGCACCUGAGAACAUUCGCUCUACUGUACGGUGGGACUACCAACCUGAUAUCUGCAAGGACUAUAAAGAGACUGGAUUCUGUGGCUUUGGAGACAGCUGUAAGUUCAUGCAUGACCGAUCCGACUACAAGCACGGAUGGCAGUUGGAAAUGGAGAUGGAGAAAAACACAUACGGGGAAGAAGACACAAGUCGCUAUGAGAUUGCAUCCGAUGAUGAGGAACUUCCUUUCAAGUGUAUCAUCUGUCGCAAGUCUUUCGUUGACCCUGUGGUCACUAAGUGUAAUCACUACUUCUGUGAGAAGUGUGCACUUAAGCAGUACAGGAAGCGAACACGCUGCUUUGUGUGUGGACAGCAGACCAGUGGCGUGUUCAACCCAGCCAAAGAUCUGAUCCAGAGAUUGAAGAAAAAGGAGGCUGAGCUGGCAGAGGAUGAAGACGAUGAGGACAAAGAACCACAGAAUGUAACAUCUUUGAACGUGAGCAGGGACAAACAAAGUAGUUCCUCGGAUGGUGACAGUGAUGACCCUGGUGGUUCCUGAGAGACAACCAACUAGUAAUGUAUCACUACCAUCAAGAGGACAUCAUUGUCCCAGACAUGCAUGUGUAAAUAAAUGUGUUCGUUUUUA